GCCUAGUCCGCCUAAUGGUUAAUCCGGCACUGCGUGUGGUCAAAAUAGGAAGAGAUAAAUCACCAAUCGACAGAGGAAUGUUGUGACAGCGCAAAAGAUGGAGUGACAACCUUCCAUAGAGGUAUCAAUCCGCCAAUGAACAAGCACAAUUGCUUAUAAAGAGGAAGGACAAGAAGAAGAAGAUCACUGAAGACAUUAUUUUAUACCUAUAUAAAACUGUUUUCUGAUCUUUUCCAGGUAAACCCGAAGAACAUUGCGAAUCUGUAAUUAACAGUAGUAGAGGAACCGGUAUGUAUAUCUUCCAAGCGAUAGCUCUUGGUAUGAUCUCUGCGGUGAAUGUUGUAACAAAUUAUUUUAUGGCAGGCUUUGCGCUCUUUGUUGGCUUACAAUGUGACCAAUUGUGCUAUCAAUUGAUUAAUAUGGAACUCGUCGAGGAUCAUAGUAUUAAUAAAUUCGUCAUUCACCACCAGCGAAUACUAAGGUUUGCUGGAAAUUUAGAAAAACUAUUCAGUAUCAUAUACUUUACGUUCAUUAUAAUGUGCUUAUUAGCGUUUUGUAUGACGUUAUUUAUGAUUUCAGUUGUAAGUAUCCACAUGAUUUAUAUUAUAUAUACCGCUACAAUAAAGAUCUAUGGUUUUUUCCGUUUAUUGUUAUUAAAUUUUUACUGUUUGUUUUUACAGUCGGACAAGUUUUCAUAUCAAAUAUUUCAUUUGCUGUUUUAUCAAUUGUCUAUAUUUAUUAUGCUGUUCAUUCCCUGUUGGUUUUCAACUCAACUGACUAUAAAGAGUGAAAAGAUUCCAUUUGCUGCAUAUUCCUGUCCUUGGACUGGAGCUUCCAAAAGUUUUAAAAGCGAGUUGAUGAUAUUCUUACUUAACUGCCAAGAACCAAUUCAACUAAAAGCAAUGGACAUUGUAGAUUUAUCUUUGGAGACCUAUAUGGCGAUUGUGAAAUCGUCCUUUUCUUACUACACCGUACUAAAUAACCUUAUUUUUGGCGAAGAAUAAAAUAGCUGAUUUUAAUAUUUUCUCAACGAAUAGUAUAAAAAUAAUCUUGAUUAUAUCUUUGGUUUUAACCAGGCACCGCAAUAAAAGAAAAAUGGAUUGAAAAGCACGAAGAGAAAAUACCUCACAGUAGUCACAGUUGUUGUAAAAUUUUAUUAUAGGAUAUAUAUUUUUAACGAUAAGGAUAUUAAAUAAAUUUUUAAUACGA